AGAACAUACAUAAAAUAUGAGUUCAAUUUAAUUUUGUUUUAAUAAGAUCCCUUAUCUCCACGAUAAGUGAAUCUUACAUAAAAAUAUCCCCCCGCCAAAGACACUUUUCAACGUCCUCGAACAAAUUCAAAGUGUUACUGCAAGUCAAUCUAUAAACUACUGUUAAUAAAUUAACUCAGAGCGAUUGUCAGUAACAAAACAUUUUAAUUGACCGACUAACGUGCCUGAUUUACUUACGAGUGUUUGGUGUUUUGUGCAAGUGCUUUCCAUGAUGCCUUCUUCUUAUUAUUCACCGAGUCCCGGUGAAAUAUCGAUAUCUGACGGCGAGAUUGAGGGGAACGAUUGCCUUUUGAGCAGUACCAUUCGAUUAGACGAUAAGUUUCUAAGUUACAGCAUAAUAUUGGACUCAGACAUGACGAUGGCGGCGUGCAAUAAUUCGCUAACAGCUACGUUAAGUAACGUUAGCGGAGGCGUCAACGCCAUCAGCCAACAGUGUGCCAUUUGCGGAGACAGAGCCACCGGAAAACAUUACGGCGCCGCCUCGUGUGACGGUUGCAAAGGAUUCUUCAGGCGCUCCGUCAGAAAAAAUCAUUUAUAUACGUGUCGAUUUAAUAGAAAUUGUGUAGUAGAUAAGGACAAAAGGAAUCAAUGUAGAUAUUGUAGACUAAGAAAAUGUUUUAAGGCUGGUAUGAAAAAAGAAGCUGUACAGAAUGAAAGGGACCGAAUAAGUUGUCGAAGGCCUAGUUACGAAGAAAACACUCAAAACAACGGGUUAUCAGUGGGAUCAUUAUUAAAUGCAGAAAUGUUAUCUAGGCAAGUAGGAGCAGCAUUAGAGCAAAUGGGUCCAAAUCCAGUAAACGAAUACGACAUAUCAGGUAGACAACUGGCCAGUAUAAACGACGUGUGUGAAUCAAUGAAACAGCAACUUUUAAUAUUAGUGGAAUGGGCUAAGUACAUCCCUGCCUUCACGGAGUUACAGUUGGACGAUCAGGUGGCCCUUCUUCGAGCACAUGCAGGUGAACACCUUCUAUUAGGAUUAGCCAGGAGGUCUAUGCACCUAAAAGACGUGCUUCUACUAGGAAAUAAUUGUAUAAUAACAAAAGAAUGUCCAGCUAUGAUACCAGAUCCUCGUAACGUAUCUCCAGAUAUGAGCAUCUCCAGAGUCGGGACCAGGAUCAUCGACGAGCUCGUCAAGCCCAUGAACGACGUCCAGAUCGACGACACCGAGUUCGCUUGCCUGAAAGCCAUAGUCUUCUUUGAUCCAAAUGCUAAAGGAUUGAGCGAACCAGCCAGAAUCAAAACUCUUCGGUAUCAAAUCCAAAUCAAUCUUGAAGAUUACAUCAGCGAUCGUCAAUACGACAGCAGAGGCCGCUUUGGAGAACUGUUGCUGACUCUUCCACCUCUACAAUCGAUAACGUGGCAGAUGAUCGAACAAAUCCAGUUUGCAAAACUUUUUGGAGUGGCACACAUCGAUAGUUUGUUACAGGAAAUGCUUCUUGGAGAACCGAUUCUAGGCGCAAGCAUCGACGCCACUCCACCAGCACUGGUGGUCCCGAACAACAAUCACAUCAACAACAACAACAAUAGCUAUCAGAGCACCAGUGACUCAGCUGACAGUCCCAUCACUUCGCCUCUAGCCACACCCAACAGCCCACAGGAUCACUUGAUCAACAGCAACGUUGCCAGUCCGUCUGGUCCACCAUCUAGCGUGCUAGGACUACGCGAGAUGGUGCCGUUGGACGAAGCCGUGCACUAUCCGAUAUCGUUCAAAGAAGAGCCGCUGAAAGAAGAACAGCAUAGUUUUUAGGUUAUGGACUUUUUGGAAGUAUAUUCGUAGUUUGUUGUAUACUGGAAAUGUUUUGUUUGUGGAGAAUUAUGAACUGUCCUUUUCGAGAAGAUAUAUACAAUACACUUACAGUUCGACAGAAAUAUUUGAAACUGCCAAAGUCGAAACCGAUCGAAAAUUUUAUAUUCCCCCUAUUGCACUCUGACGCGUGAUAUGGGUACCCUAUCAACCAAAUGCUCUUCAUGUGGGAGUCAUUUGUAAUACAACUCCAACAUGGUAAUCUAACCGUUUCAAGAUUCAAGCUAGGAUGAGGAGCUCUAUUCCUGUUAUCUUCUGGUGACUUAUCCGCGAAACUAAAAUUACUUGCUUGGGUCCCAAGCCACUACUCUGGACUAUGCCCAGUUCAGAGACUUAGAGCUCAUGUGUUUGGGCUCUACUUGCCCGGGUAUUUAGCUUUUUGAUUUUUUUUUGGAUGGCUUGCGCCGGUUUUUGUUAGUAUUUUGUAUAUUUUUUUUGUUGACUGAAGCCGUUUUUUGUGGUUUUUCAGUAGAUGUCUCUGAAAAAAAAUCAUGAUUAGUGGAAUCUACUCAGUGUUUGCACGUAUCUACGUUGAACAAAACCACUGAUUUCGUGCACAAUGCAUUUUAAAAGCAUGUUUACUGUUUGCACCAACGCGUUGAACUGAAGUCCGCUCUACUUGAAUUACUACCUGAGUGACAUUCGCAGUUUCAGAUAUUCCUGUACAGUUGUAUUUAUUUUUAAAUAAGCGCUGUACAUUUAUAAUGAAAAUGGACAGAGCUCUAGAAUAUUUUCCAUAUAUGCCUAAAGAAGGUCUUAAAUAUUUGCGAACAAUUUCCAAGCCAACACAAAACAUUUUCAAAAUUAUAUAGUACAUUAAAAAUACCCGUAUGUGGUAUUUUUCACAUAUAUGUAUAACGUUAAUAAUCAUAUUGAUUGACAAGUAGUUACCUAUUUCUUCUGUGUAUAUAUUUUACCUUCACUGUUAAGUUUUUGGUUAGGGUUAUUUGUAAAAAUGGCGUAAGUAAUUUGUCGCGUUCAGGAGACAAAAAAGAGACAGAGCGGUUCCGCAACUGUUGGGAAUUCGUUCUCUGCGAACGUGCUACUUGCGGAACGUGUUUCGGAACGGCGCCAUAACAGUGAGCUCUUUUUAAUUUCGCUACCUCCGUCCAACGUAUGCUACAUUUGUGAAUUUGUCAAUACACUUGUUGAAAGAUGGCGUCAAGUACUAAUUAUCAAUUGGAAAAUGGCCCAGGCGGUAAACAAUCCAUGAUCUUUGACCAUGGUUAUAAAGUAAAAAACAAUUUAUUGUGCAGAGACAAGUAUAUAACCUCACAUAUAACAGAAAGUGAUAUACUGUCACGACUUUAGGGAGCGAAGCGUUCACAUAAUUUAACUGUUACGGCUCCAUCGGGAACUGCUCCUUCACUUUUUUUUCCUGAAUGCGACCAUUGGAUAUAAUGUUACUGUAAGACUGAUAUAAGCGUGCUAUCAGAAAUUCUGUGCCUUGUUUAAUGCCAAUUUGUACCAUAAAAGGGACAUUUUUUACUGGUUAUGUCUAAAUGGCGAGUGAAGAUUAUAUACUCCGAAGUCAAUAAUGCCCGGACACACACUUACAUACACAAUUAUUGAUGUACAAAUAAUAUUGUCGUGCCUUUGGUAAAUUAGGCUCGAAGCUGCGUGAGAGUUGCGAGCAGGCUACGUUUCAGCAGCUGAAGCUGCUGAACUGAAGCUGUCGGUUCAGCAGUACAUAAGUUUAAUUUAUUCACUGCACACUCGAGCUGAGCCGGUUGCAAGUGACUUACAAGCCGGGUGUACCGAGAACACGCCAGUUUCUGCUACGCCGCCACGUGCACGCGGCUUAAAACAAGUUAGGAGGUUUGGCAGUAUGUUGUAAACAUUCAUUCAGUAGACGUUGGCCGCGCGAUCGAUUUCAACGUAGAUACAGAGCUGUUUAUUUCUGGCGUAUAUUGAGCCCGUGAAACCGCUUAAAUGUGUAUUGACGGGAAACUUGGCUUGAAAACAAACAGUUUGAUUGUAGCGUGCACGCAACUUGAAAACACGCAAAUGUGCGUCGAGCCUAACAAUUUCUUAGUCUUCCAUAGACUCAUAGUAUAUAACCUUGAGAAAAUAACUUGUAAAAAGCUAAUUAGAAAAAAUGUAUAAACAUUUUCAAUUUCUUUGCAAUCCGAAAAUGCAGCAGCAAUAUACUCGAGUUAAAUCGGAGAGUGCAGGAAGAGUCUAUUCCGGUUUCGGGUAUUUUUUACCCUCAUCGGUAAUCCCAUAUCCUUUUCUCUCCGAUUUCACCAGGUACCCUGCUUUGGGCCUUUCCGAAUUGCAAAGAACGAAAUGCCGCAGAUGUACUAGAGACAUCUACCGAAAAACAAUAUAAGUUAUCAAUCGAAGUAGAACAGAAAACGACAAUAAAUAUCGUUCCCAUACCACCAGAUUGCCAACAGGUGGAAUACUUUCUUUGGUUACAACCUCCCGUGAUUUUCAAAAAUUAUAAUUAAUUAGAAAAGCUUGUGAAAUGAAAAUUACACGAUCUGGUAUUUUAGCCAUUUCCACAGAAUAGCUUACAUAUAAUCUAACUUGUUUGCUAUUUUAUUAAUAAAAUGUUUUAACAUAUUUAAAAACAA